GGAGUCCACUCGUGGAUUUAGCAGAAAACGUUUUACAGUCAUGCGGAAGAAUUUCGGUGAUUUAACAUACACUGCAAUGGUCUGGUAAAAUGUCUUUAACAGAGGGACAUAUUUUGAACGUGUGGAUAUUUUUUAGUGUCUUUCUUCGCUUUGGGAUUUUUACAGAUGGGCAGAUUGUGUAUUCCAUAACGGAGGAGGUAAACCCAGGCACGGCAGUUGGAAAUUUAGCUAAGGAUUUUAACUUGAAUUUACAGGACAUUGAAAGACGUGGAUUUCAAAUUGUGUCGGAGACCAACCGAAGGUAUUUCGAUUUAAAUGUGAAGACUGGUAUUCUGCUAGUUAAGGACAGAAUAGACCGAGAUGAGAUAUGUGAACAGAAUGUGAAGUGUUCUUUACCUCUAGAAGCAAUUGUUAACUCGCCUUUAAAUAUAUACAGAUUUGAGGUAAAUGUACUUGAUAUUAAUGAUAACUCACCAAUAUUUCCUACGGCAAAGACAACCCUAAAUAUUUCAGAAUUAGCUUUUCCAGGGGAGCAGUUCGCUCUGCCGAGCCCGUUUGACGCAGAUGUGGGCAGUAAUUCGGUAAAGAGCUACAAACUGAGUCCGAAUGAACACUUUUCUCUCGAUGUUCAGAGCGGAGGAGAGCCGAGUGUGUCUGCUGAAUUGGUGCUACAAAAAGCUUUAGAUCGAGAGAAACAGCCGGUGAUAGAGCUCACACUAACCGCUGUAGACGGAGGAAAACCUCCAAGAUCAGGAACAAUGCAGAUAAUUGUAAAUGUAGAAGACAUCAACGAUAAUAUUCCUGUUUUCAGUAAAUCGUUGUAUAAAGCUCGCGUAAAUGAAAACGCACCACCUGGUACUUCCAUUAUUAGAGUUCAAGCCAGCGACCCAGAUGAGGGUGUCAAUGGUGAGAUUGUUUAUGCUUUAGUCAAUCACAAUAACGAUAAACACGUAGAUUCAUUUUUAAUACAUCCGGAAACUGGCGAGAUUACAGUGAAAGGUGAUGUAGAUUACGAAAGAAAAAAUGCUGUGGAGCUCCGCGUGCAGGCAAAAGACAAAGGGCAUAAGCCAAGACCUGCUCUUUGUAAAGUGCUACUGGAAAUUGUUGACAUUAACGAUAAUGUUCCAAAAAUCUCUGUAACAUCUUUAGUUAAUACUGUAAAAGAAGAUGCUCCGAUUGACACAAUGGUUGGAAUGAUAACUGUAACUGAUAGUGAUGCUGGUAAAAAUGGACAGGUAACUUUGAAGAUUCAGGGCUCUGCUUCUUUUAAAGUUCAGAACUCAUACAAUAAUUAUUAUACUUUAGUUGUUAAUGGGCCUUUAGACAGAGAGCGCGCGUCUGAGUAUAACGUGACUAUCACAGCUACUGAUGAAGGCACUCCGCCUCUCUCUAGCACCAGUGUCAUUACUGUACACGUUUCUGAUGUGAAUGACAACGCGCCGCGCUUUCCAGAGCCCGUCAUUAAUGUUUAUGUGAAAGAGAACAGUCAGAUUGGAGCUGUUAUUCAUACUGUAUCUGCUUUUGAUCCUGAUGUAGGUGAUAAUGCUCGGAUAACAUAUUAUUUACUAGAAAGCUCGAAAAGCGGCCCAGUAACAUCCAUGAUCAACAUAAACUCUGACAGUGGAGAUAUACGCAGUUUACGGUCGUUUAACUAUGAGGAGAUAAAAACGUUUGAGUUUAAAGUUCAGGCCACAGACUCUGGUGUUCCUCCGCUCAGCAGUAACGUGUCUGUCAAUGUUUUUAUCCUGGAUGAGAAUGACAACAGUCCCCUAAUAAUUGCACCAACAUACUCUGUCCAUGGUGCUGAAAACGCAAAUGUUCUUAUCUGCUUUACAUUCAGGGGGUUCGUGAGUUGA